CUAACCACAACAACGGCGACCAUUUUGCGGGAGGGCGCCUACGUAAAAACGAUCCUGUGGUCGAGCGGCGUUUGGUUUGACUAUUUGACAUCGAGGGAUUACCGGCAGCCAAGAUGAGCGCUGCUCAGGCCUCGAACCUGAUCUCGUCUACGGCGGGCGCCAUACCCGUCCUCAAUGACAAAGGCGAGCUGUCUAUGCAAAAGGUGAAGGUCCACAGAUACGUCUCUGGCAGAAGGCCCAAAUAUGCCCCGAAGGAGAGCAGCGACGAGGAGAGCGGGGAUGAGUUCACCUUCGAGCGUCGCCAGCAGCCGGCCGCCCCCGAGCCCAUCCCCGUGGACGAAGAGGCCGAGCGCAGCGACCCCCGCCUGCGUCGUCUGCAGCGCAGGGAGCGCCAGGCCAACGAGGAGGAACGGAUGGAGCGCCACCGGAUGAUCCAUGAGCCGGAGGUGCUGGCGGUGGCUCCGGAGGGGGAGGAGCCUGCGGCGGAGGAGGGCCGGGCCCCCCGCUGGAGGGACGAGGAGGAGGACAGCGAGGGGGAGGACCUUGACGAGGAGGAGAUGGAGCGGCGCCGCCUGAUGCUGCGGCAGCGAGCCCUGGCCAGGGCGCAAGAGGAGGAGCUGCUGGACCUGGAGGAGGAAGGCCGCUCCGACGAGAGGGAGUCCGACGAGUCCGAGUACGAGGAGUACACGGACUCGGAGGAAGAGGAGACCGGGCCGCGGCUCAAGCCCGUCUUUGUGCGCAAGCGAGACCGGGUGACCAUCCAGGAGCGAGAGCGUUUGGCCCAGAAGGAGAAGGAGCUGGAGCAGGAGGCCAAGAAGGUGGCUGAGGACCGCAGGAGGACCACCCUCAAGAUCGUUGAGGACGAGGCCAAAAAGGAGCUCAUGGAGGAGAAGAAGGUAGAGGAUGCGGAGGACUGGGUGAACACGGACGACGAAAACGACGAGGCCGCCUAUGAGGCCUGGAAGCUCCGGGAGCUGAGGAGGAUCAAGCGGGACAAGGACGAGAAGGAGCAGUACGAGCGCGAGCGAAUGGAGGUGGAGCGCAUGCACAGCAUGACGGAGGAGGAGCGGCGUGCCGAGCUGCGUGCCAACCCCCGGGUGGUGACAAACAAGGCCUCCAAGGGGAAGUACAAGUUCCUGCAGAAGUACUACCACCGGGGCGCCUUCUUCCUGCAGGAGCAAGAGGACAACGUCUACAAGCGGGACUUCUCCGCCCCAACCCUGGAGGACCACUUCGACAAGACCAUCCUACCCAAAGUGAUGCAGGUGAAGAACUUUGGCCGCUCUGGGCGCACCAAGUACACCCACCUGGUGGACCAGGACACGACACUGUUCGACUCUCCCUGGAUGUCCGAAACGGCCCAGAACCUCAAGUUUCACGCCAACCAGGCCGGCGGCAUGAAGCAGGUUUUCGACCGACCCACAGCCAAGAAGCGCAAGACUGCCCCCACUUGAAAACUCUCUUUGCUCCCCCCUGUACAUACCCGGAGCAAAUAAACACCCCCCCCCCCCGUUCCACCGAGCA